CAACUGAAACACCCCAACCUGGUGAACCUGCUGGAAGUGUUCAGGAGGAAGCGGAGGCUGCAUCUGGUCUUCGAGUACUGCGACCACACCGUUCUCCAUGAGCUGGACAAGCACCCCCGGGGGAUGCCGGAGCAUCUAGUGAAGAGCAUAACCUGGCAGACCCUCCAAGCUGUGAACUUCUGCCAUAAACACAAUUGCAUCCACCGCGAUGUAAAGCCAGAAAACAUCCUGAUAACAAAGCACUCGGUCGUCAAACUUUGUGAUUUUGGAUUUGCUCGCCUACUGACUGGUCCGAGCGAUUACUACACAGACUACGUGGCUACCAGGUGGUACCGCUCUCCGGAGUUACUUGUGGGAGACACGCAGUACGGCCCUCCCGUGGACGUGUGGGCAAUAGGCUGUGUCUUUGCAGAGCUGCUCUCUGGGGUUCCCCUCUGGCCUGGCAAGUCCGACGUGGACCAGCUGUACCUCAUCCGGAGAACCCUGGGGGAUCUUAUUCCCAGGCACCAGCAAGUGUUCAGCACCAACCAGUUCUUCAGCGGGGUGAGAAUUCCAGACCCAGAGAGCAUGGAGCCGUUAGAAAUGAAAUUCCCUAAUAUUUCCCACUCCGCUUUAGCUCUCAUGAAGGGUUGCCUUCAUAUGGACCCUGCAGCGAGGCAGACGUGUGAGCAGCUGCUGCAGCAUCCGUAUUUUGACAGCAUCAGGGAGGCAGCAGAUCUGGGGAAAGAACAUGAAAAAACGGCUCGGAAACCAGCCAGGCUGCCUCGGAAGCACGUGGCAGGGUUACAGCACCUGCCUCAGCUGACCAGCAGUAACAUUCUGCCGGCUUUGGACACCAAGAAGUACUGCUGCAAAACAAAGAAAUCAAACUACCAUUUCCCUAACAUCUAA